AUGCAAUAUUUCCAUUCAGUUCCUGCACAAACCUCAUACAGACAUCUAGCGGCCAUGACAAAAGCAUUUAGAACCGCGGACAGGUUUCAGACCCAGUGUAAACCCUUAUCUGCUGUUACUUUGUCAAGAUGCUCAUCCAAACAGGCAGGUCCCAAACCACUGAAAGCUGUCAUCUUUGACAUGGGAGGUGUCAUCAUACCUGGCCCUUUUAAAUUAUUUGAAGAAUUUGAACGGCAAGCAGAACUGCCCCGAGGAACAGUCAGCCGCUUGAUUGCCAGCCAGGGCAUGGACAGUUUCUGGGCCCAGAUGGAGUUGGGUAGACUCACAGUCAGCCAGUUUACUCAGUCAUUUAACAAGGAGCUGUCACAGCAUGCUGGUCGUGACAUUGACGUCUCUUCUUUAGUUGCCAAAAUAAACCACGGAAUGGACGUAUCAUCGCCAGUCAUGAUUGAUGCGAUCAAGUGUGUCCGAGCUGAAGGUUUGAAGACAGCCUUACUUACCAACAACUGGUUCACUGAUGAGCUGAAGACAGUGACAAAACUGCCGGUGGACAGAUCACUGUUUGAUGUGGUUGUAGAGUCGUGUGUGCUGGGCAUCCGGAAACCUGACCCGAGGAUAUACACGCUGUGCCUGCAGGAGCUGAUGGUCAGUGCUGAUGAGGCUGUGUUCCUGGAUGACAUCGGUGCUAAUUUGAAAGCAGCAAAAGAUCUUGGAAUUAGGACAAUAAAGGUUCACAGUCCAGAGCAAGGUGUGGCAGAGUUGGAGCAGAUCCUAGGCAGCCAACUCAGGGGUUUUGUCCCUGGCACAACAGGUGUGCCCAAGCAUCUACAGCUGGACUCCACCAGUCUGGAGAACUACUUGAAGUCACUAGCACUGCAGGAUAGUGCCCCUCCAGCAGUCAGAAUGUUUGAGCACGGCCAGUCCAACCCUACAUAUUACGUUUCAUAUGCUGGAAGACACUUGGUGCUGAGGAAAAAGCCACCAGGGAAGCUGCUGCCUUCAGCACACGCUGUAGACAGAGAGUUCCGAGUCAUGUCUGCCAUGCAGAGAUCAGGUGUGCCAGUUCCAAACAUGGUGGCUUUCUGCAGUGAUAAGAGCAUACUUGGAACACCCUUUUACCUGAUGGAUUACGUAACUGGUCGUAUAUUCAAGGACAUGCGUCUGCAGGAACUGCCCCAAGCUUCAAGACGGGAAGUUGUCAAGGCUAUGGUCAGUGUUCUGGCUCAGAUUCAUGCUGUGGACAUUGAUCAAGCUGGACUUGCAGACUAUGGGAAAAAAGGGAACUAUGUGGAGCGCAACUUCCGCCGUUGGGCGUCCCAGUAUGAACACAGCAAAACCCACGAGAUCCCCUCCAUGACCAAACUGAUGGACUGGCUUCCCAAACACAUGCCACAGAAUGAGAGGGUCACAGUAAUUCACGGAGACUUCAGGUUGGACAACUUGAUGCUCCAUCCAGAACAGUUGAAAGUGGUUGCGGUCCUUGACUGGGAGCUCUCCACUUUGGGAGAUCCUGUGACUGACCUGGCAACUUGUGUCCUGGCCUAUUACCUGCCACUGAAUUGCCCCUUGAUGGUUGGAUUGGCAGAACAAGAUGUCAGUAGCUUAGGUAUUCCCACUGUGGACGAGAUCAAAGCCGAAUAUUGCCGACUCAGCAACCUUAGCCACAUCGACAACUGGGACUUUUACUUGUCCUUUGUGAUGUUCAGGACUGCUGCCAUUCUACAGGGUGUUUACAAGAGAAAUAUCUCAGGUCAGGGCAGCUCAUCAAUUGGCAAAAGUGUUGGAGGAUUUGCAGAAGCUAUGGCUGACAUUGGGUGGAAAAUAGCAUCAGAGAGCAGCAUGAAGCCCACAGCAGGCAUCGCUGCCUCAGCUACUAGCUGCAGCGACGGCAGAGACAAGAGACAGUACUCUACCCUCACCACAAGACACCAGCAGACGGUCAUGUCCACUGUUGCAAGACCAAUGUCGUCUGGAGCUAACCCUAAAGGCCAAGUUG